AUGGCAAACACUCCUCAUGGCGGUGUCCUCAAGGACCUUUUAUCUCGAGAUCAGCCCAUUCGGGGCGAGCUUCUCAAGGAGUCGGAGACUCUUGCCUCCAUUCUGCUGUCGGAGCGUCAGCUCUGUGAUCUGGAGCUGAUUCUCUCCGGCGGCUUCUCUCCUCUGGAGGGCUUCAUGAACGAGAAGGAUUACAAUGGCGUUGUCAACGAUCUGCGUCUGGCCGACGGCGCUCUGUUCUCCAUGCCCAUCACUCUGGAUGUGUCCCAGGAGGACAUUGACGAGCUCAAGCUCAAGGCUGGGGGCCGAUACACUCUGCGGGACUUCCGAGACGACUCUCCUCUUGCAAUCAUCACUGUCGACGACAUCUACCGUCCCGACAAGGCUGUGGAGGCCAAGAAAGUCUUCCGAGGCGACCCCGAGCACCCUGCCGUCAAGUACCUGUACAACACCGCCAAGGAGUUCUACGUGGGCGGUAAGAUCCAGGCUAUCAACAAGCUUAACCACUACGACUACGUCGGUCUGCGGUACACUCCCGCAGAGCUGCGUCAGGAGUUUGGCAAGCUGGGCUGGAACAAGGUGGUGGCUUUCCAGACCCGUAACCCCAUGCAUCGAGCCCACCGAGAGCUGACGGUGCGGGCUGCUCGAUCGCGACAGGCCAACGUGCUGAUCCACCCCGUGGUUGGUCUCACCAAGCCCGGAGACAUUGACCACUUUACCCGAGUGCGAGUCUACCAGGCCCUGCUGCCCCGGUACCCCAACGGAAUGGCUCUGCUGGGUCUGCUGCCCCUGGCCAUGCGAAUGGGAGGUGACCGAGAGGCCAUGUGGCACGCCAUUAUCCGAAAGAACUACGGAGCCACUCACUUCAUUGUGGGCCGAGACCAUGCUGGUCCCGGCAAAAACUCCAAGGGCGAGGAGUUCUACGGCCCUUACGAUGCCCAGAAGCUCGUGGAGAAGUACAAGGACGAGCUGGGAAUCGAGGUGGUGCCUUUCCAGAUGAUGACCUACCUGCCCGACUCGGACGAGUACAUGCCCAAGGAUGAAGUUCCCGAGGGAACCAAGACCCUGGACAUUUCCGGAACCGAGCUGCGAAAGCGACUCAAGUUUGGUCUGCCCAUCCCCGAGUGGUUCUCCUACCCCGAGGUUGUCAAGGUGCUGCGAGAGUCCCAUCCUCCUCGAGCCAAGCAGGGCUUCACCAUUUUCCUCACUGGCCACUACAACUCCGGCAAGGACGCCAUUGCCCGAGCGCUGCAGGUGUCUCUGAACCAGCAGGCCGGCCGAACCACCACCCUGCUUCUUGGCGAGACGGUGCGAUCUGAGCUGUCUGCUGAGCUCGGAUUCUCGCGAGAAGACCGACACAAGAACGUGCAGCGAAUUGCCUUUGUGGCUGCCGAGCUCACCCGAGCCGGAUCCGCCGUCAUUGCCGCUCCCAUUGCUCCCCAUGAGGCUGGCCGAAAGGAGGCCCGAGAGACUGUUGAGCAGGGCGGCAACUUCUUCCUGGUCCAUGUCAACACUCCUCUGGAGUACUGCGAGGCUACCGACCGAAAGGGUCGGUUUGCUGCCGCCAAGCGGGGUGAGAUCAAGGGCUUCACCGGUGUCGAUGACGAGUACGAGGUGCCCAGCAAUGCUGAUCUGGUCGUGGAUGCUUCCCAGACACAGGUCCGAACCAUUGUUCACCAGAUCAUUCUCCUGCUGGAGUCCCAGGGCUUCUUCGGCAACUAA